UGCAUGCACCGUUGGUGAUUCCUGGUUAGGUCAGAUCUAAGUCCACUGCCAAACAACCCACCGAACAGUUGCCAUUUCCACAGUCAUCUCUCUCGUUUCUCAAGAAUACUCGGAGAUGUUUUUCCGACGAGCCACCGGUUUAUUCAGGAGCUUUCGGUUCCCUUCAAGAACCAACGCUACUACUUGCAGAAGAACUUCCGUUUUCUCAUCAAUCACACAAUCUAGUAUAAGGUCUUCCUACGAAUAUGGUUUUGGAGUUUCUAGUUGCGGACAUAAUCAAUGGGACCAUUCGUUAUGGCUUAUAAUCUCUGGACAAGCUGCAAUAGUUAUGGGGAUAAAUGGCAACCUUGCCUUGGCAGAAGAUGUUUCUGUUGAUCCGGAUAAUGGAAAUAUUCCAGGAGAGGCUGAUUUGACUACCUUGCGUAGAAUUGAGGAUGGCUCUGUGGUAUCAAAUUUACAUACAUCUAAGUGGAGGGUUUUUACAGAUAAUGCAAGGGAUUUAUUUCUGCAAGGCAAACUGGAUGAAGCUGAACGUUACUUUUUGUUAGCAUUACAAGAAGCUAAACAAGGUUUUGGGGAUAGGGACCCUCAUGUUGCAUCCGCAUGCAACAAUCUGGCUGAGCUUUACAGGGUGAAAAAGUUGUUUGAUAAAGCUGAGCCAUUAUAUCUGGAAGCUAUCAAUAUUUUGGAGGAAUCAUUUGGACCCGAGGAUAUACGCGUAGGAGCUGCCCUGCACAACCUUGGUCAGUAUUAUCUUGUACAGAGGAAACUUGAAGAAGCUCGUACGUGCUAUGAGCGAGCUUUGAAGAUAAAGGGGCGUGUUGUGGGAUUUGGCCAUCCAGACUAUGCAGAUACAAUGUAUCAUCUUGGAAUGGUGUUGUAUCUUCAAGGAAAGGAGAAAGAUGCGGAGGCUCUUAUUCAGGAUUCAAUUAGGAUAUUGGAGGAGGGUGGCCUAGGGGAAUCAGCGAUAUGUCUCCGGAGAUUGCGUCAUUUUUCUCAGAUGUUUCUGAAGUCCAAUCGAGUUGAAGAAGCUGAGCAUGUCCAGAGAAAGAUCCUGCACAUUAUGGAACUGUCCAAGGGAUGGACUUCAUUGGACACUGUAAUUGCAGCUGAAAGCCUGGCCCUGACCUUACAAUCCAUUGGCAAGUUAAAGGAAGCACAGGAGCUUCUAGAACGGUGUCUUGAUGUUAGGAAAACCAUACUCCCUGAAGAUCAUAUUCAGAUUGGUGCCAACAUGUUUCAUUUGGCGAGUGUAGCAAUGUUCCACUCAAACCGACUCAGGAAGGUGGAUAUAGCUAAAGCAAAAGCUGAGCUUGACAAGGCAAAAGUUCUUUUAGAAAACUCAAUAAGGAUUGCACAACGAGUUUUGGAAAGUCCAAAACAGAAGGGAAGCAACAUGCAGAAUAGUGGACAGUUCAGAGCCAAUGGGAAGGAUGAGCAAAUAGCAAUGGUGAUACUGUUACAAUCACUUGAUGCUCUUGGGCUUUUAGAAAUCACUAAGCAAGAAUUGCAAGAAUCAAGGGAUGAGUGUUCUCCCACAGGAGCUGAGGAUGCACUUGAACGAUGUAUUUCAGCAUUCAAAGAGUAUGGAAGAAAGAAGCCAGUCGCUAUUACAUCUGAAGCGAAAGCCGAAUACCUCUCAUGUUUGAAGCAUCUUUUGAGCCUUAAGAUUCAUAGCAAAAGUGAGAGCACACAAAAAUCAGAGCAAGAGCUGAAAGACGAAAUCAAGCAUGUUGAGGCUGAGAGCUCAUCCAAUAAGAAGCAUACAAAAUAAUGAUGCAGCUGACUAUGGUUACUCUUCGAAUCUCACAAGUGAUAUCUAUGUUCCCUUGCCUCCAUGACAUUCCUGGUCCCAUUGGUGGUUCAUCACUGCAAAAGUAUAUGUUUCUAUAUAUCCUCUUAAGAGUGACAUUUUUUUACUUAUUUUUGAGUUUCUUCAUCCUUUUUCUUCCUAAUUUUAUAUGUGAAUUAUAUAAUCAAGGGUUUCCCUUUUCUUUUUGCUCCUUUUUGGAGAUCGGAAGUGAAAAAUGUAUGCCUGAGAUAAUUACUGAAUAGAUGGGAACUGCUAAAACAGAUCCAACCUUUUGAAAUAUUUAUAUUGAGUCUUUGUGAGGCCAACAACAGUGAUUAUAAUAAAAAAGAGCCCAACAGGGUAAAUUUUUU